AUGGAACGCGGCGGGUCCCGCGCCUCGCGGCCCCUCUUCCCCAGCGGCCCCAGCUUCACGCUCGACGACUUCUCCAACAAGGACUUCAUCGUCGGCGACUUUGUCGACUCGCUCGCCGAGACCGCCCUCCCGACGAGCCGCCGCUCCGGCCCGGCACACCAUGCUUUCGACCCGAAACCGCUGAUCCGGACGUUCGAGAACUCGCUAGCGGGGCUGAGUGCGCUCUCGGAGGAGCUGCAGGAGCGCGAGUCGGAGCUCCUGUCGCAGGUCCGCCGCGCCGAGAUCCAGCAUGACCAGACGCUCGAGACGCUGGGGCGCAAGCUCGACCAGUCCAUGGCCCAGUUCGAGGCCCUCGACCUGACUCUCAACAACCCGGGCACCACAUCCAACGGGAACAGCCGCGCGGACGGCGGCGGGAACAUCGCCGUCCAGAUCGGCGAGAAGCUCGAGGAGCUCGAUCGGAAGCGCAGGAAGGCGCAGGACGCCAACUUUCUGAUCCAGUGCUGGAUGGAGGUGACCGAGACGGGCAAGCUGACGUCGCUCGAGGAAAUACAGCGCCAGGGAGGCGCCGAGAACAAGGUCCGAUGCGCCGUCAUCGCCCGCCAGCUGAUGCGCAUCAGCCAGCGCCUGGACCCGGCCUCGUGGGGCCAGGCCACGAACGGCUUCCGCGGCAACGGCAUCACCAACGGCGUCACGGGCACGAACCGGCGGCACAACACGAGGGAGGCGCUUGAGAAGUUCUCGGAGCUGCUGGAGCAGGACCUGCUCAAGCAGUUCAACAACAGCUACCGCCGCCAGAACUUCGACGACAUGAUGGAGUGCGCCAGGGUGCUCUACGACUUCAACGGCGGCGCCAGCGUCAUCGCUGCCUUUGUCAAUCAACACCAAUUCUUCAUCGACCGGGACCAGCUCAUCACCGAUGAAGUCACCACGGACGGCGAGACAUGGGACCAGCUUGCCGACCCCGACUCGGACCCUCCUGGCGUUGAGCCGAGUCUGCAGUCGCUGAUCGACGAGGUCAAGAUCGUCAUGCAAGAAGAAUCCUUCAUCAUCAAGAGGGCGUUCCCCUACUACGAGACCGUCCUGAUCAAGUUCAUACAGCGCGUGUUCCAACAGUCCAUCCAGCAGAGGCUCGAAAUGGUCCUGGACAAGGCGACCACCAUCUCAUCCCUCGCCUUCCUGCGCUCGCUGCAUGCCUCGCGCUCAUACAUCAGCGCCCUGGUGGAGGACCUCAAAACCCACGGUCUGACCGAACACCCGGAGCCGUGCUCGGCCCAGAUCGCCCAGACGCUGGACCAGCAGCUGGAGGAACUCUUCGUUCCUUAUCUGGUCGGCAACUCAUACAUCGACCGCGAGCGGCGGAGCCUAGAAGAGAUGUACAAUUCGCUGCUCUUUAAAUUCACCCUCUACCACUCGAGGCGCAAGAAGGCCCCGACGGGCUUCAUGGCGGCCAUCGCUCAGCAGGGCACGCAGCUGAUCGCCUCGGCCAAGGACGCCUACGUGGAGCGUCUGGAGUCGUCGGACCUCACCCCCACCCAGAAGCGGAUCAUGCUCCGCGUGGCCCGCAUCCAGGACAGCAGCAGCAACAAAAACGACAUCGAGGUUUCGGAGCAGGACGGCGUGCUCAGCGUCGCGUACGCGAAGCGCAUGAUCGGCUGGCUCGCCGAGAGCGUCCGCCGCACCCUCGAGAUGGGCUCGGCAAGCGAGACGCCCAAGGACGUCAACGUCCUGCUCAACCUGCUCCUCACCACCAUGGGCCAGGUCUACGUCGAGACGGCGCUCGACGCGGCCCUCGACCAGGCCACCGCCCAGGAGAACUCCAAGACCGAGCCGGACCUGCAGUACCUCCCCAACUUGCGCCCCGCCGUGACCAUCACGAACCUCAUGUCCCGCUUCAUCUCCACCGUGCUGGUCCGCCUCGCCGAGUCCAACACGACGGUCCGCCGCAGCAUGGAGGCCCAGACCAAGAUGGCCCUGGACGCGAUCGAGCGCAAGACCAACGCGGUCAUGAAGAGCACCAUGGACGUGGCGCUCAACUGGGUGACCAAGCUGCUCGCGCAGCAGAAGAAGCUCGACUUCCGCCCGCGGGACAGCGACCUCGAGGGGCUGGUGGACGCGCUGCAGACGCCGACGUGCCAGGCCAUCUGCACCUUCCUGUCGGGCCGCGUGGCCGCGCUGGCCCGCCAGGCCGUCGACGGCCGCAACCUCGAGCUCUUCUCGUCCGAGCUGGCCCUCGCCGUCCACCGCGCCCUGUUCGAGCACUUCAAGAAGUUCCCCGUCAACGCCGCCGGCGGCCUCAUGGUCACCAAGGACAUCGCCAAGUACGUCGCCACCGUCCGCGAAUGGCCGCUCGCCAAGGACGUGGAGCUCGCCCUCGAGGUCCUCACCGAGGUCGGCUACCUGUUCAUCAUCGGGCCCGAGGCCCUGCGCGAGCGCUCGCGGAACCUCGCCACGUCCGGCUCGGCCGCCGCGGGCGGCGGCGCCGCCAAGAGGCUGGGCAAGGCCGACUUCAAGGCCUUUGUGCAGCGGCGCGAGGACGCCGGCAGCGUGGGCGUCCAGAGCGUGCUGGCCAGCUUGUGAUGAUUGGUCGUCGGAAUGGAUGCAUGGAUGUAUGGUUGGUUGUUUGGUUGGUCGUAAGAGCGGAUGGUGCAAAAGGGAUUGGAGGCAACAUCCGCGGAUGGGAAAGGGGGCUGCUUUUUCUUCAUUUAUCCAUUCAGUGCAAUACCCGGCCAUGUAGGGGAGCUUAGCUGAUGAGCGUAUGGGUUGUCCGGG